AUGUGCUCCCUCCCCAUGGCAAGAUACUACAUAAUUAAGGAUGCAGAUCAGAAGACUCUAUACUCGAAAGCCAACCAGCUCCUGGUGGGAGAUCCUGAGGUGGACAACUGUUGUGCAGAGAAGAUCUGCAUCCUUCCCAACAGAGGCCUGGACCGCACCAAGGUACCCAUCUUUCUGGGGAUCCAGGGAGGCAGUCGCUGCCUGGCAUGUGUGGAGACAGGAGACGGGCCUUCCCUGCAGCUGGAGGAUGUGAACAUCGAGGACCUGUACAAGUGCGGUGAACAGGCCACACGCUUCACCUUCUUCCAGAGAAGCUUGGGCUCGGCUUUCAGACUUGAGGCUUCUGCCCGGCCUGGCUGGUUUCUCUGUGGCCCGACUGAGCCCCAGCAACCAGUACGACUCGCCAAGGAGAGUGAGCCCUCCGCCCGCACUGAGUUCUACUUUGAACAGAGUCGGUAG